UGCACCAACUCACCCAGUUCCCUCUCUCCUUGGGUGUCUUCUUCCCUCCUUUUCUCUCUUUUCCUCACUGCACCCUGAACCCUUCACCCACUCCCCCACCCAUCACUUCUACAUCUGACCAGAGAACGAAUGAGGGAGACCUGCAAAUCGAGGUAGCAACUUUCCUGAGCUGGUCUCUGAGCUCCAGGAGCGAGAUCCAGCUGAUUCUUGGAGGUAUGCAGCCCAUGGAGGAGGAGGAGGACGAGCAGUGAUGGGCUAAGGACCGCUGCAAGAAGCCCCAAGCAGCUCAGUCUCUCGGAAGCCCGCUUCAGGCUUGUUCCCUCCACCUUGCUCUCCUGAGAGCAGAGAGCGCGCCGCGCGGGGUGUGCAGACUCGGAACAUCCAGGGAGGAUGAGGCGGGGACCCAGCCCAAGUUGGGUGCAUCUUGCGGGCGUGAGGCCACGACUGUGUUUCGGCAUGAAUUAAGAAGCUUGAAAGAUGGAGCGCGGCACAGUACUCAUCCAACCCGGGCUCUGGACCAGGGACACCAGCUGGACACUCCUCUAUUUCCUGUGCUACAUCCUCCCUCAGACCUCCCCUCAAGUGCUCAGGAUCGGAGGGAUUUUUGAAACUGUGGAAAAUGAACCUGUUAAUGUUGAAGAAUUAGCUUUCAAGUUUGCAGUCACCAGUAUUAACCGAAACCGAACCCUGAUGCCCAAUACCACAUUAACCUAUGACAUCCAGAGAAUUAAUCUAUUCGAUAGUUUUGAAGCCUCCCGAAGAGCAUGCGACCAGCUGGCUCUCGGGGUGGCCGCCCUCUUCGGCCCUUCCCACAGCUCCUCUGUCAGUGCUGUCCAGUCUAUUUGCAAUGCUCUGGAAGUUCCACACAUUCAGACUCGCUGGAAACACCCUUCUGUGGACAACAGAGACUUAUUUUACAUCAACCUCUACCCGGAUUAUGCGGCUAUCAGCAGGGCAGUCCUGGAUCUGGUCCUCUAUUACAACUGGAAAACAGUGACGGUGGUGUACGAAGACAGUACAGGUCUAAUUCGUCUGCAAGAGCUCAUCAAAGCUCCCUCCAGAUACAACAUUAAAAUCAAAAUCCGCCAGCUUCCCUCUGGGAAUAAAGAUGCCAAACCUCUGCUCAAGGAGAUGAAGAAAGGCAAAGAGUUCUAUGUGAUAUUUGAUUGUUCGCAUGAAACAGCUGCGGAAAUUCUUAAGCAGAUUUUGUUCAUGGGCAUGAUGACUGAAUACUAUCACUACUUCUUCACAACCCUGGACCUGUUUGCUUUAGAUCUGGAACUCUACAGGUACAGUGGUGUCAAUAUGACUGGGUUCCGGCUGCUGAAUAUUGACAACCCCCACGUGUCAUCCAUCAUUGAGAAGUGGUCCAUGGAACGGCUGCAGGCCCCACCCAGACCUGAGACUGGUCUUCUGGAUGGCAUGAUGACAACUGAAGCAGCUCUCAUGUACGAUGCCGUGUACUUGGUAGCCAUUGCCUCUCACCGCGCCUCUCAGCUGACGGUCAGCUCCCUGCAGUGCCAUCGACAUAAGCCGUGGCGCCUUGGACCCAGAUUUAUGAACCUCAUCAAAGAGGCUCGGUGGGAUGGCUUGACCGGGCGCAUCACCUUCAAUAAGACGGACGGCUUGAGAAAGGAUUUUGACCUGGACAUUAUCAGUCUCAAAGAGGAAGGAACUGAAAAGAUUGGGAUUUGGAACUCCAACAGUGGGCUGAACAUGACGGAUGGCAACAGAGACAGGUCCAACAAUAUCACGGACUCGCUGGCUAACCGAACGCUCAUUGUCACCACUAUUCUGGAAGAGCCCUACGUGAUGUACAGGAAAUCCGAUAAGCCCCUGUACGGAAAUGACAGAUUUGAAGGAUAUUGCCUGGAUCUGCUGAAAGAACUGUCAAAUAUCCUGGGUUUCCUUUAUGAUGUUAAACUGGUUCCUGACGGCAAAUACGGAGCCCAGAAUGACAAAGGGGAAUGGAAUGGGAUGGUUAAAGAACUCAUCGACCACAGAGCUGACCUGGCAGUGGCCCCCCUCACCAUCACCUAUGUACGGGAGAAAGUCAUUGACUUCUCCAAGCCCUUCAUGACUCUGGGCAUUAGCAUCCUUUACCGGAAGCCCAAUGGAACCAACCCGGGUGUCUUCUCCUUCCUCAACCCCCUGUCUCCAGACAUUUGGAUGUAUGUGCUGCUCGCCUGCCUAGGAGUCAGUUGUGUACUCUUUGUGAUCGCGAGGUUCACACCCUACGAGUGGUAUAACCCCCACCCAUGCAACCCCGACUCAGACGUGGUGGAAAACAAUUUCACUUUGCUAAAUAGUUUCUGGUUUGGAGUUGGAGCUCUCAUGCAGCAAGGAUCGGAGCUGAUGCCCAAGGCUCUAUCAACCAGAAUAGUUGGAGGAAUAUGGUGGUUUUUCACCCUAAUCAUCAUUUCAUCCUACACUGCCAACUUGGCUGCCUUCUUGACAGUAGAAAGGAUGGAAUCCCCCAUCGAUUCCGCAGACGAUCUGGCCAAACAAACCAAGAUAGAAUACGGGGCAGUGAGAGAUGGCUCAACCAUGACCUUCUUCAAGAAAUCAAAAAUCUCUACGUAUGAGAAAAUGUGGGCUUUUAUGAGCAGUAGACAGCAGAGCGCCCUGGUUAAAAACAGCGAUGAGGGCAUCCAAAGGGUGCUCACCACCGACUACGCCCUGCUGAUGGAAUCCACCAGCAUUGAGUAUGUGACGCAGAGAAACUGCAACCUCACUCAGAUCGGGGGCCUCAUAGACUCCAAAGGCUAUGGAGUCGGGACACCCAUCGGCUCCCCUUACCGGGAUAAAAUUACAAUUGCCAUUCUUCAGCUACAAGAAGAGGGGAAGCUUCAUAUGAUGAAAGAGAAAUGGUGGAGGGGAAAUGGCUGCCCUGAAGAGGACAGUAAAGAAGCAAGUGCUCUGGGAGUGGAAAAUAUUGGGGGCAUCUUCAUUGUUCUGGCUGCCGGUCUUGUCCUCUCUGUGUUUGUAGCCAUUGGAGAAUUUUUAUACAAAUCACGGAAGAACAAUGACAUUGAGCAGUGUCUCUCUUUCAAUGCCAUCAUGGAAGAGCUGGGAAUCUCACUCAAGAAUCAGAAAAAGUUAAAGAAAAAGUCAAGAACUAAGGGCAAAUCUUCUUUCACGAGUAUCCUUACUUGUCAUCAGAGACGAACUCAGAGAAAAGAGACUGUGGCGUGAUCCAAGAACACACCUGUAAGAAGAAUAAAGGGCCACACCCACUAUACAUAUUUGGAGGACAGAUUGCUGAGGAAUAUGGGACAUGUUUCCUCAUAUCUUUAUCCAUAACUCCAAUCAUGGAUGGAGGUAGAAGAAAUGCACAAUUUUUAAAGCUCACAUAGAUAUUACUUGAGAAGUGAAACUGAUUCUUUUCAGAUGGAUUUGU